ACAGUAGAUUCAGGGUGACAAACUCUCACAAGGAAGGAAGAACCGAGGGGACGGGUCUAUGUCACUUCUCAUUUUUACACAUUUUUGGUUUUAUUUUUCAGUUUGUCGUGAGACCUUUGUUCUGAUUACUAGCAAAUUGACAACGCAAUUUCAGAGACAUUAAUGAAAGGAAAAAGAGCCGAACAGCAACCGUGACAUCAACAUGAAUGUUGGUUUGCUCUUCGCCAGCGCAUUUAUUUUUAGCACAGUCAGUGGAUGUAAGUUGGAUGUCCAACAGCCAACAAAGCUGAUAAGAAGAAAAGAACAACAGUCCGUCUCUAUCCCCUGCUCUGUCACCCCAUCCAGCUGUCCAAAGGAAAAACUACAAAUCUUUUGGUAUGUUUUCCGGAAAGACAAUCACUCCCUGCUUGAUUCGAAAACCAGCUCAUCGGAGGACCUGGACCUGAAAAUCAGCUCUUUGUCGUUAGCAGACUCUGGGGUUUAUUAUUGUGCAGCGGCUCUGCUAAAAGUGGCUAACAGUGGGGCGCAGGAGAUCGGACAGGGAACUAUUUUGAAAGUCUCAGAAAAUGGCUUAAAUGUUCGUCAAACGCUGUUGUUGACAUUGCUAGUCCUGCUGACUGUAUACAGUGUCCUUGUCCUGGGCACCAUCAUCAGCAUAAAGACUGGACAAUUCAAAUCAGUCCUUGAAAGAAGAUGGAGUAAAAGUGAGAAGAAGGAGGACUCAACUAGACAAGUGCUGUUCAGUGGAGUGGUGCAAGAAUUGUGCAAGAGGAACUUGGUUGGUGUCAAAAUUCAGACACACUACAAAGUUUCCCAAGACAAGUCUACAGAUCUCCAGAAUGGGUACCAUAGUGAAGAUGUUUACCAAAAUCUUGAUGAGUGAAAGAAAACAAAUGCCCUUAUUUACGCUUGUCCCGCUGAUCUGCAAAACCUGCACCUUCCUGCAAACCUGGAAGCCUUCAUUUUGGUCGUUUAAAAAUUUGUCAUGUUCACAUGUCUACCAUGUGUGCUAUUUUUACUGAUUAAUAAAAUAAACGUGAUGUUGUAAUAUGGCGGUUGGGGGACCCAAGAUUGCGACAUGUUGUCUGUUAGUGACCUUCCUCUGACAAGUGUUGUACAAGUCAUGUGAGCGCUCUGUUUGACUGUAUUUGUUAAGUUAAAUGCUGAGUUAAUGUAUUCAUUGUAUGCCAGAUGUUGUGCAUGAACUGGACAUACUGUUGUUGUUGUUUGCAGGGUCAGCACUAUCAAAGCACAUUUCAUUCUUACAUUAGAGCCAGUAUUUUUGUUGUAUUUUAUUUCCUGUUGUCUCAGAGGUGGGAUGAUAUUUACAGAAUUGAGAGAACAGACUAUUUUUUGACCAAUGACCAUUAAAGUGUUGUUUUAUUUUA